AUGGCGGCCAGGCUAUUGACACUGUUCCUGGCGGCUGCGGCCGCUGCCUACCUGAGCCCGCCCUAUCGGCCGCUGGUGACCACUCUAGAGGGGACGGUGAGCGGUGCGACCGACAGGAGCGCCGACGGAAGUCUCUUCUUCAGCUUCAAGGGAAUCCGGUAUGCACAGCCGCCCGUGGGCCCUCUGCGCUUCGAGCCGCCACUUCGCCACCCCGGCUGGCGGGGCCAGCAGGAGCAGCAGCAGCAACAACAACCUCAACACAACAACAUUACCCGCAUCGGUGACGAGGACUGUCUAUUCGUGAACGUUUACACCCGUCAGCUGCCAGGACGGGAGAACACUCUGACCGGACUGCCGGUGAUGGUCUACAUUCACGGAGGCGGAUUCUACGUUGGAUCUGGCGACAGUGACAUUUAUGGUCCGCACUACUUCAUGGACGAGCCGGUGGUGCUUGUGACGUUCAACUACAGGCUCGGACCAUUCGGAUUCUUCACAACACAUGACGAGGCAGCUCCUGGAAACUACGGCCUGCUGGACCAGGUGCUGCUGCUGCAGUGGGUGCAGGACAACAUCGCGGCGUUCGGUGGCGAUCCCAAACUGGUCACCAUAUUCGGCCAGUCAGCAGGAGGGGCGAGUGUCUCGCUCCUGGUACUGAGCCCCCUAGGGAGGGGCUUGUUCCACCGCGCCAUCAGUCAGUCGGGCGUGUCGUUCUCCUUAUUUGCGGCUAGUGGUAAGCGCAGGGGACUGGCCGACAAACUAGCCGCGCAGUUGGGAUGUCUUCAGCCCUACAGCGACGCACUGGUGGACUGCGUUAAACGGACUCCAGCUGCGGUUCUUCUAGAGGCCUGGAAGGCCACCGGCGAACAUGACACCAUUGGAUUCAUCCCUCGUGUCGAUCAAGAGAGAUUCUUACCUCUUCUGCCGGAAGACGCACGGGUUCUUUUAUUAAGAGGCAGCUUCACCGUAGUUCCAUGGAUUUCCGGUAUGACCGAACUGGAGGCUGCCACGUUUCUUCCCUUUGGGCUACCUGACGAGGAGUUUGUCGAAGCAAUAGCGCAGAAAAAUCUAGUCGCAUGGAGCAGGUUCCUCCAACUGACCGGCGAGUCCCUGUUCAGGAUCCUUGACUGUGGCGCGAACCCGAUCGAAGAGACAAUCAGGGUUCUCGACUUCUUCAUCGGAGACCGUAGGGUCACGUCCGGUGCUGACCUGCAGAAUCACGGCAUGCGCUGUGCGUGGGCGCCCGGCGGGGCCGAGCAGACGGCGAUUUGGCCCGUCUGGGACGUUGCAAGAGCACCCCAGCCGGCGCCGCGGCCCACCCGUCUGACCCACAACACGGCUGGAGGAGGCGGCUGCCGCACCCGUCUCGGACUUCCCAGCAGUGAGCGGCAGCGCGGCUCGUGCCGCCGUGUUGUCCGGCCCGGGGCGCCCCCUCCCCAGAGCCGACACUCGGCAAAUUAG